UGCCAGAGAGGGUGAGCCAGUUGGUAGACGAGGCUGGCUUCGGGCAGUUUAUACAGAUCCUGACACCAGUCAAGAAUGACCAUGCCAUCCUAGUUGCACUUGCUGAAAGGUGGAGGGAUACCACCAAUACCUUCCACUUGCCACCUGGGGAGAUGAUAGUGACACCGACGACUUUACAGCGAUUACUGGUUUGAGAGUUGGAGGAAAGCCUAUCCCAUUUGAAACGGGCAUACAUAGGGAUGAGGAGGCCUUGAGGUGGUUCUUGGGAGAAGUACCUCACUUGGACCAGGAGAUGAUGAAGUAUGAGCAAUUCAAGAGGUAUUUUAAAAAGAAGGUGACCACUGCGCAAGAGGCGGAGCAAAUGGCCAGAGCAUAUCUGAUGUACUUGUUUGGUGCCUCUCUAUAUCCAAGCAAGCGUAGCAGGGUGCAGCUAUCACAAUUGCCAGCUUUGAGAGACUUGAGGACAACUUCACGCUUGGACUGGGGUGGAGCAGCGCUUGGCACAGUCUAUGCUUUCAUGGGAAAUGCGUCAAGAACAGAGCAAGCGAUAGCUGGGUACUGGAGGAUAUGGGAGCUCUGGGCAUACGAGGUUCUGAACAUGUGUCGUCCAGCAACCAAAUGUCAAGACUUGAGAAUCCUCCCGCAUGCACAUGUCUGGAGCAAGAAGAACAUGGGGGAGAAGAAAGGGAAAGGAGACCUGGAUGGCUUCCGUAUAUAUCUAAACGAGCUUCAUGCGACCUCUGGAAUAGAGCCAGAGCCUAAGUACUUGGCCAGGAGCAGGGUCGUCACAGCGAACCAGUGGCAUGAUUUGCCUAAGUUCCAAGUGCGAGGGCCACUUCCACCCCGUGCUUCACACACUGGAGAGUAUACACUAGCGGAGUUGGAGGAGUUCACACAGCCUGACACUGACUUGGCACGCUACCUGCAACCUGAAUGUGACUAUGCCACUUACCAAAGAGAACACUGGUGGGGCCACUCAGAGUUCGGGAUUUCAGAGAUGUUCGGAGUCAGGUGCAAGGAGUUGCUGAGGAGAGGAGAGCUGCCACGGAGAGGGAAAGAGGAGGUGAGGGCCAUGUCAAACGGGGUCCGAGUGGUCUAA